AUUUCCCGAGACAUUACUAUCAUAUCAACAACAUACCAUAGUCAAUUACAAAAUAAACAUACUUUCUGAUUCUGCUGGUAAAAAGUAACACAUUAAAACAGCCUAAUAUCUAACAAGGAUGACCUGUGGCUCUGUUUUCAUUCCCUGCCAAAAGUUCAGACUAGGACAUUCAGUAUUUUAGAGACAUGUGAUUUCUUUUUUUCCUGCAUGUGGAUUCACACUCCCACCUCUUCCACAUUCUAACCCCUCUAGCUCCCAGCAAGCACUGGUAAUGCUCCUCCUUUUCUUUCCCCAGACUUUUUUAUAGUGCCCUGCUCCUCCCCUGCAGUAAUCCCACCUCCCCUCCACAGCCAAUAGUGGUUUUCACCUCCUCUGUGAGGCAUGCUUGAGCAUGCUCAAUACACACUAAAAACAUGGAGGAGGCAACUUUGGAGCUCCCAACGUGUUAAGUCAAAUCUGCUCCUACUGCUGUUGGACCACAAAAAUGAAUGUAGAGGAUGGAACAUUCAGCAUGAUAACAGAGCAAUAUACAGAUGAAUGGGAACUACACAGAAUAAACAAAAAAACAGAUAAUGCAGACUUCAGCAGAAAUUAUAGAGCCGUCACCUUAAUUGUGUUGACCUUGUCGACACAUUCUUUCAGAAUAUAGAAAAGUUCUCGUGGAAAAAAACAAGGCCAGCAAAAAUGUAUCAUCAGAAUUCAGGAAGAAAGUAUUCUGAAUGAUAACUGUGCUUCCCUAAUGAAUAAAUAAAGCAUGGAAUUUAGCUUUUCAUUUGAACAUCACCUUGGAAUCCAGAGCUUUCUGCAGCCCAGGCACGACGGGGUGGGAGGCAGCAGCUCCCAAGGCCCCGACUCACAGCUGGGUGAGUUUCAGUGGGAGCUGAUGUAGAACCUGAACAGCUCUGAAGCUGUGGCUCCCGUCCUUUUUGCUAGUAUGGUAAAACUGAGGUCUUUGCAAGAUGCUGGCCGCGGUUCAGCACACCUGCACGGAGGAAGGCCGGGCAGACUCCGUCCUGGCAAAGGCUGCUCUUGUCCUGGAAGUGAGACCCCGCCUGCUGCCUCACGGCGCUGCCCGUGGGCUACCGCGCAUAAACGCCGGGCAGGACCGCCCCCUCGACGCGAGGGAAGACGUCGUGGCCAUCCUCCAUCGGGCCGCGCGAGAGCCUCCCUCAGGUGCCGGCGCGGCCGCAUCGAAGCGGACUGCCUCCCGUCGGGGGAGCGAGGGCGGCCGGCCGGGCUCGAGGAGUGGCCGCUGAGGGGCGCGGCGUGCGGCCAAUGGCAGCGCUCGUAGCAGGAGCCAAUGGGGGCGGCCGUGACAUGGCGGGAGCCGUGGGUGGGGAGCGGGCGUUUUUUAAGGCGCUGACGGCGCCCCCGGCUGCGUGGCGGCGGUGGUUGCGCGUCCCCCGAGCAUGGAGUCCACGCGGGUGACGAUCGUCGGCAGUGGACUCAUUGGUCGCAGCUGGGCCAUGGUGUUUGCUGCUGGAGGCUUCAAAGUGAAACUUUAUGAUAUUGCACAACAACAAUUAACAACUGCACUGGAAAACAUUCGCAAACAAAUGAAAGAGCUGGAGGAGUCAGGAUUCCUGAAAGGAACUUUGAGUGCAGAGAAGCAGUUAGCUCUCAUCAGUGUCUGCACGGACCUGAAGGAUGCAGUAGAGGGUGCUACUUUCAUUCAGGAAUGUACUCCCGAGAACCUGGACCUGAAAAAGAAGAUUUUUAGUCAAUUGGAUCUCAUUGUUGAUGACAGUGUUAUCUUGAGCAGCUCAACCUCUUGUCUCUUACCUAGCAAAUUAUUCACUGGCCUUAAACAUGUUAAGCAGUGUAUUGUGUCACAUCCUGUAAAUCCACCUUACUUUGUGCCACUGGUUGAAAUUGUUCCACAUCCAGAAACAGAUCCUUCUGUUACAGAGAGAACGUAUGCUCUGAUGAAGAAGAUUGGACAAUCACCUGUCAAAUUAAACAGAGAAAUUGAGGGGUUUGUUCUGAAUCGACUCCAGUAUGCAGUGAUAAGUGAAGCCUGGAGACUUGUGGGUGAAGGAGUAAUAUCUCCUACUGAUCUAGACGUUGUGAUGUCUGAUGGACUGGGAAUGCGAUAUGCGUUUAUUGGACCUCUGGAAACCAUGCAUCUUAAUGCAGAAGGUAUUUCAAAUUAUUGUGAAAGAUACCGUGAAGGUAUGAAACUUGUUCUGAAUACCUUUGGACCGGUUCCAGAAUUUUCAGGUGAAAUUGAGCAGAAGAUCAGUCAGGCGAUGUCUGAAAAAGUUCCAGCUGUUCCAAAGCACCUCGGUGCCAGAAGAGAAUGGAGAGAUGACUGUCUCAUUGGUCUUGCCAAACUGAAGAAACAAAUGAAAUCUAACUGAGGGACACCUUGUGUAACAGGAUAGACCAAACUAAGAGUGGUUCUUCAUAAAAUGUGGAGGUUUUUGGUCAUGCAGAAGAGACCGAAUGUGCAAGCAGUGAUGAGCACAAGUGUAAAGACAAAUGAAAUAUUUGGUCCAAAUUUGUCGUGACAUAAUUAACAAAUAACUGGAAACAGUUGUUAGAAGUUCAGUUAAAACUGUAUCAGAUCAUUAUAUAUAUAUGCAUUGGAUGUGUAAGCAUUAGGUAGCUUUAGCAAUAUUAAUACUGUGCAAUGCUGGAACACAAUCAUAUUUUAAAUAACACAUUUUUCAGCUUGCUUUGAAAUUCAGCACUUGAACAAUAUUUGCUUAUGCAGGGAUCUGGAAUUGGCAAACAUCAGCUGUUUGCCACUGGAGAAAAUGAGCCCUCACUACCAAUCAGAGUGGCAGUGAGGUUAAUUUGUAAAGCACUGACUGCAGAUAGGAGGUUGUGCUAAGCAGAGAGCAGGUUUUUUGGCCAGUGAGCUGAGACCUCAGAGGCACUAAGGGUCACUUCAGAUUAGCUCUGUAACCAUUCCACAAUGCAGGGGAAAGAAUUACCAUCCCUGGCAGCAUUCAAGGCCAGGUUGGAUGGGGCCCUGGGCAGCCUGACCUGCGGGGUGGCAGCCCUGCCCAUUGCAGGGGGUUGGAGCUCGAUGAUCUUUAAGGUCCCUUCCAGCCUAAGUCAGUGAUUCUGUGAUUACUCCUUCUUCCCCCUCUUUGGCACUUCUGUAGUAGUGCAAUGACCUGAAUGUGAGUAAAUAGAUCCAUCCUCAUCCCCUCCCCCUGGUUCAGUAAGACUGACCAGACACCUACUUGGUUCUCCAGACCACGCACUUUGAUACCCCACGGCUUUGCCCUAGCUUGAGUCAGGUGGUUGGUGCUGUCAUAGGCAUUGCUGCAUAGACGUGCUCUAUUCUAAGGCUUGCCUGUGAGAAAUAAAGUAAUUGGAUUUAAAGCUAUUUUGGGAGAUUAUAGAGUAUAAUGGAUUUGUCUAGGCUUUUCCGAGCAACUCUACAACCUUCUUAAUGGUCUUGGGAAGAGAAAUCACCUCUGUGUUCCUUGUACAUUAUCAGAAGCAAUGAUUGUUUACUUAGGACUCCUCUGUAGACCCCAAGUAUCUGAUACUUUUCUCUGCUGCAGAGAGAGAAAGAUGCCGUGGCUUAGAUGUAGCACUUUGGCUUUAUUGGUGUCCCUCCCUCCAGGAGGAGGCACAGUGGCUGUGUAAGGAUGGAGUGUAUACCUGAAAGCAGCAGUAUCUCCUGAAAGCAGCUGCAGUGGUAUGCUUCAUUCAGUCCACAUCAAAGUUGUCUUACAAAUGUACGUACCACGUAAUAUAGCUGGAUUUUGAACUUAGCUGACACACUGGGGCAUUAUUGUUAUGCAGACAAGAAGAAUAACCUGAAACAGUGCAUUGCACCCGCACUGCUUGAGUUUAGCAUUUCUGAAUUUGUGCCAGCAGGUCAUGUAACUUCUGAUACAGCACAGAUUCUGAAACCUUAAGCACUCGUUUCAAUGAAAUGCUCGGGGGCAUUUCAAGGCUUGUUCUUUACAGAAGGUGCAGACACAGAAACAUGUUACUGCAGCUCCAUUAGUUACGGUGCUGAACAGCAAGAAUGUCUGCAGGAACACACCAGUACCACUUCUGUGUAAAUCACAACGAACAAGACCUGAGAUAAGUUGUGCUCCCUGAUGCAUUGGUGGGCCGAGAGCACAUCUGUCUGUUAAGCAUGGGAUGGGGGUGUGACGUUGAGAUUGUCCUACAUUAAUUUAUGACUUGUGGAGGGAAAGGAGGAUUUGUGAACUCAGUUUUAUCCCAAAACAGAAUUAAAAUUGUCAGGUUUCUUCUAUUGCUUUUCAUUGCCACAGUGACUGGCACAAUCCUCAUUAACCAUCUGAAGUUGGGGAGGUCAGCACCCACACUUGGUGCCCUAUUAAGCAAUAGUGAAUUAAUUAUGGGAAUGAUUUCCUCAUAUUAUGUACGUUUUUGUAUUUUGGACUAUAGAAGGUUCCAGUUACUUUCAAGAUCAAACCUGUUUCAUUAAGAGCAUGUGGCAUUGUCAUAAUUAAUUAGCUCACAUUACUUGUGUUGAUUCUGAGAUAUUUUAAAAUCUGAUUGUGUCUUGAAAGAUUUGCUUCCAUUUUUAUUAUUACUUAUGAAUAAAAGAUUUUAAUGAGAAAGGUCCUAAA